UAACCUCCGAAAGUUAGCCGGCUUACAACUCCGAUCCGCUUUCGGCGCACCUGCACACAAACUUAUGUAACAACAACAAUAUCAUAGAAGAGUCAGCUAGCGCGCCAGGCACCGCGACAAUUAUUAGGACAUUGGUUCGGAGGGGAUAUAGUACCCCUAAAUCAUGGCUACGACUUCACCCCCCUACCACCCACGCGUUGGUGUCGCGGCGCUGAUCCGCGAUGCACAGGGUCGGUUUGUCAUGGGGAAGCGGAAGGGGAAUCACGGUGGUGGUACUUGGCAAUUCCCCGGCGGCCACCUAGAAAUGGGAGAAACACUAAUAGCAUGCGCCGAGCGCGAAACGCUUGAAGAGACGGGACUAAAAGUCAAGGGGCUCAGAGUAGCAGCCGUAACGAAUGCGAUAUUUGAUCCGCAGACGAAACACUAUGUCACGGUGUUUGUGAUGUGUGAGCGGGAGAAUGAGGAGGACCAGCCGGUGAUCUUGGAACCGGAGAAAUGCGAAAGUUGGCAUUGGAUACCAUGGGACGAUGUGAAGCGGUGGUGUGAACAUCACGGUGACGAGGUGACGCCGGAGUGGGCUAAUAAUAAGUGCUUCAUGCCUAUCUUAGAGCUGGCUCGGAAUUAUCCGCAGUUGGAUUCUUUCAUGCUGUGAGGACUACCUGUUAUAGAAUUUAUUAUGAAGAUAGAUCGUGGUUAUUGACAUGGAUGAACGUCUUGGUAUCACGCCAAUUAUUAGCAC